GUGCGGAUGUUCCUUCCAUGCUGCGACAGAAAACAUGGCUGCGCUCUUGAGAUCAGCUCGGUUACUCAAGUUUUCGCCUUCGGGCUUACUUCAGAUCACAGGGACCAAAAGGACCGGACCACCGCUGGGCCGGCUGUACAGCGGAGCUGUGAGCGGCAGAAGAGCCGGAGUUUGCUCCCGACAGAUCAGCCCUGUUUGUGAAAACGCGUCCAGCCGUUUGUGGCCGUAUGCAGCGGGGUGUGUGCGUAACUAUGCCGUGGUCACCGAGCAGAAAGACGAGGGCGGCAUCGCGGUGCGGUCCAAGCAGGCGCAGCAGUUCGACUGGGCUCUGUCCAAGCUGGACAACUCCGUAAGGAGGACCGGUCGCAUCACUAAGACACUGCUGCUCCGUGUCUUCCAUGAUGUCAGCAGGACAGGUUAUCCCAGUGGUAACCAGGCCUUGUUGCUUCUGCGUAGCUGUGGGUCGCUGCUGCCUGAGGUGCCGUUGGAAGAACGCACUGAGCUGGCUCACCGCGUGUGGGAGAAGCUGCAGGAACUUGGUGCACAGUACGAUGCGAGCCACUACAACGCCUUGCUGAAGGUUUACCUGCAGAACGAGUUCCAGUUCUCCCCCACCGACUUCCUGGCCAAGAUGGAAGCAGCUAACGUGCAGCCAAACAGAGUUACCUACCAGAGGCUCAUUGCAGCUUACUGCCAGACUGGAGAUAUUGAAGGAGCCAGCACCAUACUGGGUUUCAUGAAGAACAAAGAUCUACCCAUCACCGAGGCUGUGUUCAGCUCCCUGGUGACAGGCCAUGCCCGUGCAGGCGACAUCGAGAACGCUAAGAACAUCCUGACUGUGAUGAGGGGAGCAGGAAUCGAGCCGACUCCUGAUACUUAUGUAUCGCUGCUGACUGCGUAUGCCGAGAAAGGAGACAUGGAAAAUCUGAAAGCGACUCUGGAGGCGGGAGAAAGUGCAGACUGCAGUCUGAUGGACAGAGACAUCAUGCCGGUCAUCUUUGCUCUGGCCAAAGCCGGACACCAGCAGCACAUCCCAGAGAUGAUCGAACGUCUGAGGCAUGAGAGGGGUUUCGUUCCAGAUGCCAUGAACUUGUGUCUGAGCCUCAUCACUCAUGGUCAGGAGGACACAGCUUUCCUCCUCUUGAAGACUUUCCCCACCCUGCAGUUGGACAACUUCACGGAUUUCAACCUGGGAAACUUCUUCCUCAGACACUGCAUCAACAUGGACACGUCACUGGAGAAGAUCAUCCGUUACUGCAAAGAGCUUCAGGAGUCCAAUCUGCACUCAACUCCACUCAGCUUCACUCUCUGCUGUGCCCUGGAGGCCAAGAAGACGGGUACUGCUUUAGAGCUGAUGAAGCUCUUAAAGGAGCAGGGCUUGCCUGUGAGGCCUCACUACUUCUGGCCGCUCCUCGUUCAACACGGGAAAGAAGGCAGCACGGCUGGUGUGGUGGAGGUGAUGAAGAGCAUGCAGGAGCUCGGUGUUUCCCCUGAUGUCGAGACUUUAUCCAACUACGUCCUCCCCGUCUUCCCCAGCAGGGAGGCGGCCCGACAGGCUCUCAAGGACGGGGGCAUCUCCUUGGAUUCUGAGGGCUUUUUGGUCUCAGAGCUUCGCAUUUUGGCUUCAAGCAACCUGACCAAAGUCUACACCCUCCUCUCAGAUCCAUCCUUCCCUUCACUGGACUUCAAUGUUUUCCGCGCCAGCCUCAUCACAGGUUUCAGAAAGUCCACAGAUGUGGAGACCAUGGUGAAGAUUACCAAACUCUUGUACAAAGAAGAGCGCUUAUCCAGAAAAGGCAACGAUCCUGCUGACACUGCAGGCUUCUUCUUGUACCAUCUGAUGGACAGUAUGGCAGAGGAGCAGGUGCAGGCGCAGGAGGACAAGCUGCGGAGUUUCUUCAAUCAGCUACACGCUCAGAAUAUCACCAUUUCAAUGAACCUGUUCAGAGGCAUUAGGAACAUCCUGAUGUCGUACCACAUCCCUGAGCUCAUCAAGGAUGUGAUCGUUUUGGUGAACCCCAAAGAGAGUGUGUCCACUGACCUGACGCCAGCUGCUCCUCGUGUCACUGGCAUCGGGGAUAAAGUGUUGGCACUUGAGACUAAACUAGCUGAACUGAAAGCGGAAAACAAACCAUUAAACAUUGUUCUCAAACAAGUCAUCCAGACUCUGAGCGCUGAGGAGAACCUGCAGCGCGCCCUUGAGCUGAAGCAGCAGCACGAACAGGACAUGACAGUCGGCGCCUACGCCACCCUCAUCAACCUGUGCUGUCGCCACAACAACGUGGACGAGGCGCUCAACCUGAAGAGGGAAUUGAGUCGUAUGGACUCAUCCAUCGCACUGGAUGCCAGUAAAUACAUUGCACUGGUCAAGGCUCUUGCCGUAAAUGACAGAGUGGAGGAGGCUGUGGACAUCCUGAAGGAGAUGAAAGAGAAGGAUGUGGUGAUGAACGACACUAACAUCACCAUGCUUUUCCACGUGCUCAACGCCGUCGUGGCCAAGGGCAGCAUCGGCAGCGUCCGACGGCUGCAGGACACCAUCUUCGCACUCGGUCUGGCCAAACCCACCGCCAACCUCUGCUCACCUGUGGUUACUGCGUACUUGGAAAGCAACGACAUACCAGGAGCUCUCGAAGCGGCGCUGGAGUGCCAGAAGCGCUACAAGCACCUGCCUCGCAUCCACGACGUCAUUGUUGCUCUGGUGGAGAGAGGCGACACCGAUUUACUGCAGAAAGCCAUGGACUUUGUGAGUCAGGAGCGAGGAGAGAUGAUUAUGCUGUACGAUCUGUUCUUUGCAUUCCUGCAGACAGGCCGCUACCGUGAGGCUCGUAAGAUCAUUGAGACACCUGGACUGAGGGCAAAGCCUGGACGCCUGCAGUGGUUUGCAGAGAAAUGCAUUGUUAAUAACCAGAUGGAGGUCUUGGAGCAGAUGGUCGACAUGACGUCGAAGCUGUUUGAGUGCGACAGAGACGACAUGUACAGCUACAUCCUGCGGCUCUGCAAGGACACAAACAACUGGGAGAAGGCAGAAGCCAUGUGGACGAAGAUGCAGGAGGAGAACGUGAUUCCCAGGGAGAGGACUCUUCAUUUACUGGCAGACAUCCUGAAGAGUAACGACCAGGAGGUGCCCUUUGAGGUGCCUGAGACCUGGUACGAACAGGAUGACACCACACAGCAGGUCAAGCCAGCAACGGGAGCACCAGCUCCCUCCACACCCAGAAAUGCUAACGACUACCAGGUCCGUCUGAUGGUCCUCUGUAAGAAAGGCAAGGUCAAAGAAGCUUAUGGGAUGCUGAAGGAAGCUGACAAAAAGGGUGUGGCGCUAAGCCCCGCCCCUUACGAUAUCAUCAUCCGCGCUCUGUUGGCCGAAGGUUCCAGUGAGGAUGCCAUGGCAGUCAAGGACAUUGCCGAGUCUCGUGUGCCAGGCUUCACGCUGACUGAUGUUGCCAACAGCAUGUUCAUCAUCACAUACAGCAAGAAAGACCAGGUCAAAGAUGCUCUUGAGAAACUGAACUCGAUGCUUCAGUCGGACCACGUGCCCUCCCAUCUUGCCGUCACCAGACUGGUUCAGGCCCUGGGUAACCAUGGCGAUGUGGCAGGAAUCCAGCGAGUGGAAUCACAAAUUCAGAGCCUUGGUACACGAAUCUACCUGUCCAGCAUGGUGUUUGUCAACAACACAGCCUUGGCACACAUCAAAAAUGGCGAUGUGGAAUCGGCAGUAGAGUUGCUCGAGGGCGUCUACACCAGUCCAGACAGCACGAGCCCCAGUAUGUCCUUCGUCUUCAGAAAGGUCUUGGAAGGUGGCAACGACCAUGCCUUAGACAAGCUGAGUGCUAUGGCAGAGCGACUAGCCAACCACUUUGCCUGCUACAGACCAGCUUCAGACCUCUUCCUCCAGCUGCUGGACAUGGACAAGGUCGAGGACGCCAAAUUCAUGCUGGCUCGCUGCAACGCCUUGGCUGAACAAAAGGAAGUGUUGCUGUCCUUUGUGGCUCAAAAGGCUCAGGUUCCUGGGCAGUUGAGCAAGAUCAAGAACCUGGUGGGCCUGAUUCCAGACGUCAUUGAGAAGGAGAUUCUGUACUCGUACCUGAUGAAAUGUCACGUUCUGGAUAAGGACUUAACGUCAGCCAAGGCUUUGCAUGAGCAGAUGCAGAAGGAGGGGGUAGUUGUAGACGAGCUGUCACUCAAACGGCUGGCCGGGCUUUACCGUAAUGCAGGAGAGACGGCGCCCUUCCCCGAGCCCCCCGAGACCUUUAAGUUUUAUGCGGACAAGCUGAGAGAGAAAGCAGCCAAAGCCCAGACGACAGCAGAGGAAUAAGGAUUCAUCAACCCCUCCUCAUACCUCAUCGCAAAUCCCACUGUUUUCUUCCUUUUACCGUUUUCUUUUUUUACAUGAUUUGUUUAAGUUGAAAUGUUGAAUAUUGUCUUGUAACUGUUGGAUGCUAAGACUCUGUCCAUGAUAAUGUUGAAGAUGUGAGAAUGUACAGAAGUAUUUAUGCUAAUAAAGGAUGGUAGGAAUUCA